GCUUGGUUUGUAAAAAACAAUCUCAUUUACUGAAAAAGGUGUGUGAGUUGUGAAGAAAAAACACUAUUUCCUUCUGAUUUUUCUCUGGCUCCUCCUUCUUCGUUCCAUGUUCCUCAACCACUCUCAUUUAUUUCUCUUCCUUUAUUGCCAACACCCUGUUGCAAUCUCAGUAAGAGAGAGAGAUAGAGAAGAAGGUCUAUUGUGUGUGGUUUCUUCUUCUAGAGUGAGAGAGGGACAGGUGGGUGUCUUCACCUUUAAAGGCUUCACCAACUCCUGAGAGAGCAUUUAUAAUGGUGCAUCUCACAUGUUUAGUGAGAGAGAGAAGAUGGUGGUGCAAUGUCAAAAAACCAGUCUGGCCAUAAUAACUCUGCACUAAACCACUCCACCUAUAAAUCUCUCUCCACCAUUACACACUUUACCCUCAUUGCACCACACUCACUCUCUUCUCCUUUACAUAAACACAACCUCUUUCAUCUUCUUUCACUCCUCCAUUUUCCUCUCUUGCACCAACCUCACACCAGAAACCUCUGCAUCAUCAGAAAUGCUCCUAUUUCGACACACCCUUCCCUGAAAGGUACUGUUUUUACUCAUUUUCCAGCCACCCCAUCUUCUACAAAACUCCAAGUUUCUUCCUUUUUUGCUGGGCUUUUGAGCAUUUUGACUAUUCUAGCUUGGGUGGGUUGGUUGGUUGGUUUCUGCAAUAUGGAAACUUUCACGGCUCUAUUGUUGUUAACGGCGAUCACGGCGUACUUGAUAUGGUUCACUUUCAUCUCGCGGUCGCUGAAGGGUCCACGUGUCUGGGCCUUAUUGGGCAGUCUCCCGGGCCUCAUAGACAACUGUGACCGCUUGCAUGACUGGAUCUGCGACAACCUACGCGCGUGUGGCGGCACUUACCAGACUUGCAUCUGUGCAAUUCCUUUCCUCGCCAAGAAGCAAGGUCUCGUGACUGUGACAUGCGACCCGAGGAACUUGGAGCACAUACUGAAGACCCGUUUCGACAAUUACCCCAAAGGCCCCACGUGGCAUGCUGUCUUUCAUGAUCUUUUGGGUGAUGGGAUCUUUAACUCUGACGGUGACACGUGGCUGUUCCAGCGCAAGACUGCAGCGCUGGAAUUCACCACCAGGACAUUGCGUCAAGCCAUGGCUAGAUGGGUGAGCGGAGCCAUCAGCCGCCUCUGCUUGAUCCUGAAGAAAGCUCAUGAUCGAGCUGAACCCAUUGAUCUGCAAGACCUAAUGCUUCGUCUUACUUUUGACAACAUUUGUGGGUUAGCUUUUGGACGAGAUCCACAAACAUGUGUGUCGGGUUUGCCUGAUAACCGUUUUGCAACUGCUUUUGACCGAGCCACCGAAGCCACACUUCAGAGGUUCAUUUUGCCAGAGGUGUUGUGGAAAGUGAAGAAAUGGCUGCGGCUUGGGUUGGAGGUGAGCCUGAGCCGAAGCCUUGUCCACGUGGACAACCAUUUGUCGAAUGUCAUUGAGAAACGCAAGGUGGAAUUGCUGAAUCACCAGAAAGAUGGGAGUCUUCAUGAUGACUUGUUGACUAGGUUUAUGAGGAAGAAAGAAUCGUACACAGACAAGUUUCUACAACAGGUGGCACUGAAUUUUAUCCUAGCUGGACGCGACACGUCAUCGGUAGCUCUUUGCUGGUUUUUCUGGUUGGUGAUGCAGAAUCCCAAAGUGGAGGAGAAAAUUCUGCGUGAAAUUUGUACAGUCUUGAUGGAGACACGUGGCGAUGACAUGGCAAAAUGGUUGGAUGAGCCGUUGGCCUUUGAGGAAGUUGACCGUUUGGUUUAUCUCAAGGCAGCAUUGUCUGAGACACUGAGGUUGUACCCUUCUGUGCCGGAGGACUCAAAGCAUGUGGUGGCCGAUGACCUGCUGCCGGACGGCACGUUUGUGCCGGCGGGGUCGUCGGUGACGUAUUCCAUUUAUUCAGCGGGGAGGAUGAAGUCCACGUGGGGUGAGGAUUGCAUGGAGUUUAGACCUGAGAGGUGGUUGUCAUCGGAUGGGACAAAGUUCAUCACGCAUGACUCUUUCAAGUUUGUUGCUUUCAAUGCUGGUCCAAGAAUAUGUUUGGGUAAGGAUUUGGCUUACCUUCAGAUGAAGUCCAUUGCUGCCGCGGUGCUGCUCCGGCACCGCCUUGUUCUGGUGUCUGGCCACCUGGUGGAGCAAAAGAUGUCACUCACUUUGUUCAUGAAAAAUGGACUCAAGGUCAAUGUCCAUGAGAGGGACUUGAGAGGGGUCAUUAUAAGUAUACAAAAAGAAAAGGAGGGAGAUGCUGGUUUUAGAAGUAAUGAAAGUUAGUUCGUUGUUUCAGUAGAUGGAGCAGAGUGUGUUGGAGGCUUCGGCUUGUGGAGUCAAGUUCGGAGGAUGAAAAUUCAGACAUCGGAGCUUUAGCUUAUAGUGGAAGAGAACAGAAUUCCCCUUUCAGAAAAAAAGGGUAUAUUCAGAGUAUUUAUCAUUCAUAUGGUAAUUGUGGAUGGAUUCUUUUUCCAGGGUCGUGGGGUGGAUUAUUGCUUUCUCAGUCCAUCCUCCUUGUAGAAUCCUUGCAAAUAUUCAUCCUAUUCUUUAUUUCUUGUUGGUUUUUGAUGUUUCUAUUUGAUUUGAUUGUUAGUGAGAUAUAAACUCACAUUUCACAAUGUUCAAUGUUGAUGUUGAUAAAAGAAUGUCCUAAGUUUUAUGAAAGUAUAAAUGAUCGGGUUUUUACU